AUGGAAGUUGCUCCGCCCAAGCCCAAUCCCGAAAGCGGGCGCCUUCUGCCUCACGAAUAUCACGCCGGCAUGGAGCAAACCAACGAGCCGCUGAUGCUCAAGGACGAGAACUGGGACCUCUACUCAGUGUCCCCUGUCGCAGCUGUACAGAUGCUGGCGCAGGCACUGCAGUCACUGUCCAACAUUACCGGAGAUGUCGCAUGCACAACGCCUGGCUCAAAUCCGCCGUCACCCGACUCGAUAACACCGCCUGCUCAUACGCCAGAGCUAGAAGGCUCACCAACACUCGCCCCUCACCACUGCGUACCCGUUCCUCACAUCGGCGCCCCCGAGGCCCAACGCGACGAGCCUAUUGCCCCACCAGCCAACCAUUCGCCUGAGCCAGAUAUUGCAGAAGCCAACGCCCUCCAACUCGCUGCUGUCUCGCGACGCUUCUUCCUCAAAGCUGCCCCUCCAUUCUCCAUUACCGAUUACCUCCUUCGUAUCCACAAGUUCAGCCCGCACUCGCCUGGUGUCUACCUGGCUGCAGCAUCAUACAUACACCGCCUCUGUGUCGUCGAGACCAUGGUACCUGCUACGCCACGCACCGUACAUCGUCUAGCACUCGCUGCAAUCCGCAUUGCCAGCAAGUCCCUGGAAGAUAACAAAUGGACACAAGAGCGUAUCGCUCGCCUCGGUGGGAUCAGCACAAACGAGCUUAGAAAGCUCGAAAUCAGUUUCUGCUAUUUGCUCAACUUUGAUUUGUUUUUGAGACCUGAAGACUUGCAGAGGUCUAUGUGGUUACUUCAAAGCACAGGCCGUCAAGGUCUUUCCGUGAGAAGACGCCUCAGUGAAGGCUUCAUAAUGCGACUACCGUCCAGGUUUUUACCCGAGGCUACCAUUGGAGCAUGA